UCAGCAUGUUCGUCUACGUCUUCUACCGCCUGGCAGCUGCAUCGCUCUUCCUCACGCCCUUGGCUAUCCUUCUUGAAAGUCAAAACAAAGUGUUUUGGAGAAAUGCACCGCCAAUGUCUUUCCGGUUGCUUGCCAAGAUGUUCUUGUACGCGCUAGUCGGGAACACAUUGAGCAUGAUCCUGUACAACGGCAGCCUCAAGUACACCUCUGCAACGGUGGCAUCUGCGAUGUGCAACUCCAUCCCUGCCAUCACCUUCUUCCUCGCGCUGCUCAUGAGGAUGGAGGUGAUCAAGUUUAGGAGCUCGUCGGGCAUGGCCAAGACCGCCGGCAUCGCGCUCUGCCUCGCCGGAGUACUCGUCGUCGCCCUGUGCGCCGGCCGGCCACUGAGCCCUCUCGGCCGUCACCGCGUGCUUGCCAGCCACGGCGACAGGCAGGCCGCCGAGCAUGUCUCCAAGGGCGUGUGGAUCGCGGGGACGUUUGUGAUGCUGCUUAGCUGCGUGGGAUGGUCCCUCUGGAUCGUCUUCCAGGGGCUGCUGCUGAAGGAGUACCCGAACAAGCUGCUCGCGACCCUGAUCCAGUGCCUGUUCGGCGCGAUGCAGUCGGGCCUUGUCGCGGCGGUCGCGGAGAGGGGUCACCCCUCCAGAUGGAAGCUCGGGCUGGAUCUCUCCCUGGUCGCCGUUGCAUACUCUGGCAUCGUCGGGACGGGCGCCUGCUACUACCUGCAGACGUGGUGCGUGGGCAUGGAGGGCCCCGUGUUCCUGGCCAUGUGGAACCCCUUGAGCCUGCUGCUCACCGUCCUCUGCUCCUCGCUCUUGGGGGAGACCGUCCACCUCGGAAGUAUCUUGGGUGGGAUUCUGCUGGUUGGGGGCCUCUACUGCGUGCUCUGGGGCAAGAACAAGGAGGAAACACUAGCGGCCAUGGCAUCAGGUCAUCUAGAGCAGAGUAGAGAGCAAGGUGAUGCAGAUGCCGCGAGUUGUACUAGUACUUCCGUAAUCUUCAAAAACCAAGAUGAAGAUAAGGAGGCCGGAGGACGCCUCGAGCCAUUCAAUCACAUAACCUAGC